CACGUGAUGACAACAGUGUCAUGGCGGCGUCCGCAGCGGUGCGGGCGAGCGUGACUUUCACUCAGCGGUUAGUGCGAGUUUCUCCGGACUGCAGCAUCUGUCCGCUUCACCGUCUCAACCUGUGCACCGGAUCCGCGGGAGCGAGCGUUUCCGCACCGAGCGUCAGUGCUUCCGGUGACUGUCAGAAGGAGGAGACGCAAGAACAAGUUGUUCAUGUUGUAUUCGUCGACCGGUCCGGACGGAGGAGUCCAGUCAAGGCGAAAGUUGGAGAUAAUGCUCUUUAUCUGGCACAUAAACAUGGAAUUGAUCUUGAGGGGGCGUGUGAAGCAUCUUUAGCGUGCUCGACGUGUCACGUGUAUGUGAAGAGUGAAUUCUGUGCUAAACUUCCGGCACCCGAGGAAAGGGAGGAUGAUAUGCUGGACAUGGCCCCCAUGCUGCAAGAGAAUUCUCGUCUGGGAUGUCAGAUCAUUCUCACUCCUGAGCUGGACGGCAUCGAGCUCACUCUGCCCAGAGUCACUCGCAACUUUUACGUGGACGGUCACGUUCCCAAACCUCACUGACGCUAAUGAACGAAGAAAUCCUGCAGAAUGCCGAGCACUGUAGGACACAAGCGCCAAACAAUUACAAUCAAACAUUCACUCAAUGAUAAUCAUGAGGUGAUGAAUCCUCUCAUGUCAGUGCAGGUGAAAGUGUGACACACCGUGUUUUACCGGUGAGAGCUGUUUAUGUGUGUGGAACGUCUGUUUGUGAGGUUUUUAUCCGGCUGCUUCUAGAACACGCAAUCCUUACAGAUUCAGACGCAUUGAAUUCAUAAAUCUAGUUUUAACAGAAGCGCUGCAGAGUUAUUCUCUCUUAAACAUCAUCAGUAAAGUCUCUGUAGCAGCCGCGCUGACAUUGUUUUCAUGACAAUGACGCACAUUUUCAUACGAAUGAUUGAAAAUAAAACGUUUGUUUUUGCUCAUUUUCUGGUGAUUCUCAUUACGGUAAUAUUUUAUUUGAUUAACUUAAACAUUUUGAAAUCUAGGUUUUCGUGUGUGAUAGCAAUGAAAACGGGGCACUUCAUUAUCAUGAAAAUGAUGUAAAAACAUCUGUUGUCCUAAAACACGCAUCAUCUCCUUUGUUCCAUAUUCUUUAGUUUGAAAUAUGAUGAUGAUGCUGCAGGUUGUGUGAAAUUUACUCAAAACAUUCCACAAUACAGACACAUUUCUGUGUUCUCUGAAUGAUUGAAUUCCACCUGUGACUCUGAUCUAGUACAUUCAUGUGAAAUAUUCAGCUCUCACACAACUUCUGUCUUUAACUCUCCUGUUACUGCAAAUAACUGUUAAGUGUUUACAACAUAA